CCCCCAACAAUUUCUGAACAUCCUUUGGAUAUUUUGGUAGCGAAAGAUGAUCCGGCUACUUUGAGGUGUGAAGCUGAAGGAGAAGGAGUGGAGAUAACUUGGUAUAAAGACUCGGAACCUGUUAAGGUUGGGAAUGGUCAUCGUCUUUUGUUACCUGAUGGUUCUUUGCUUCUUUUAAAAGUUAAAAGUGGCGGACCUGAUUCUGAUGCUGGUGUUUAUUAUUGUGUAGCAAAAAACAAAUUUGGCGAAGUCAGAUCGCAAGAAGCAAAUUUACGGGUUGCCAUGCUUCGAGAAGAGUUUCGAAUUAAUCCACAUUCUGUACAGGCCCUCAUAGGCAAUCGAGUCACUUUAGAUUGUCUACCUCCCAAAGGCUUUCCAGAACCUGUAGUUAGUUGGAGAAAGGAUGAAAGGGAAGUAAAUACUCAAAACAACGAAAAAUAUCAAUUAUUGGAUAGUGGGAAUUUAAUCGUUGAAAAUGCACAAAAAUCAGAUGCAGGCUUCUAUCAAUGUGUUGCUUCCAAUUCCGUUGGAGAAAGAAUAUCAAAGCCUGCAAGACUUUCUGUCUAUGAGAAGCCUAAAUUUUUGGUUGAACCAAGAAAUGUGGUAGCUGAAGUAAAUUCUUCUGUCCUUUUUGAAUGUAAAGUUGCUGGAGAGCCUUUACCUACCAUCUCUUGGAAAAAACGUGAUGGACAAAUGCCAAUUGGACGGGCUUAUGUAGCAAGAGAUAGAGGAGGCCUUAGAAUUGAUAGGUUUGUACAAAAAUCUUUAUUUUUGGUUUUAUUAGUUUUGAAUUUUAUGGGGCUUAAUUUUUUAGAGGAACGUUUUUUUAAUUGAGUCGUUUUAAAGAUCAAUUUAUUAGUGUUUUGAUUAGGUUUCCCGGUU